GGCACAACAACCAAACGGGUGCCUGUGCCUGCCCCUGUGCUUCACACACCACCUGCUCCUUCCUUACCUCGCACACACACAUUCAUCCCUUCUCUCCACAUCGAUAAAACGUCUUCUUUCUCACUAUGCGGCUCAAGGACUCGUCCCUGUACCUGUGUUUGAGCAUCCUGCUCUGCAGGAUACCGCCCCUUGCCCUCGUUGCAGCACGCGGCGCAGCCUCUCCCCACAUGGAGAUCAUCCUCCCACCAGUAGACACCCACCACCUCGGCGACAUCCCACAGUUCUCCUCCAACAAAGCCUCUCCCCACGACUCAGCCUCCAAACCCCUGGCACUUUCCUCACAGGGCAGUGCGGCCGCCGCUUUGUUCUUGCACUCGAGCAACUCUAAAGAAAUUGAGGCCUCCCGACCCGCAACAACAACGAACAGCAAGCUGAAAAAAAGGUUUCUCGACAACACAGGCCCACUGAUCCAAGCACCAACACCAGAGUACAGAAUUACCUCCUUGGCCUUAUUGACAACCGUUGAUGGCAAUCUGCAUUGUAUCGAUACCCGUAAUGGCGAACUCUUCUGGACUCGACCGCCGCAGGCCGUUGGAGCCAUCGUGUCAAGCAAUGUCACCAAAUACACCAAGAGCAGAAGCAGGGGUAGUGACACUGAUAUCUUUGCUAGCAGUAGCAUUGAGGGGGAGCAGGACGGAACAAGACCUGCCGGUCUGUUGGACGGCGAUAUUGAGUACGAUAGCGAGGAUUGGACCUUUAUUGUCGAGCCAGCAGAGAUACCAAGGCUCUAUGUCUAUUCUAACUCAAGUGGUCUUCAGAAACCUAUGGCAACGGAGCAAUCAACUUUGCGCGGUGAAUGUAUCGUUUGGGCGACAGAAAAUAGGGUUGCUUGCAUUUAGAGGAGCCCGUCGGAUCAUUGGUGCACCUGGUCACCAACUCGCCCCAGAUCCGGCCCGAUGGAAAGAGGAUUACAGGCGGUAAGAAAACCAGUCUCUUGGAGCUGGACAUCAGCACUGGACAAG